UCGAGACCUUCAAUUGAGGGACUCCCAUUUCAUGUCAUAUAAGGCCUUUUCAGUAAAAUCAAAGGCCUUAAAUUAAGAGAAUCUCGAUCCGCAUAAUAUACAGCCUAUUCAAGAAAAUCGAGGCCUUUAUUUAAGGGACUCCUAAUUCGCAUGAUCAAAGCCUCUAGUUAAGCUACGAGCAACCUAAUCACCGCACCACAUUCUUUAAUGGUAAAUCGUAAUAAUACCCUUACCUCUAUUUAAAACCCUAAAACCUCUUCCAUUUUUCUCUAUCAAAAAAAAAUAAAAUUCAACCUAAAGUAAAGCACCCAUAUAGUCCUACCAGUAAAUGUUGCACUAAUAGCCAUUUUUUGCUAUACACAGAGAAAGAAAUCACCAUGGAUUCUUAUGAAGCAACAAAAACAGUGUUAUCAAGAGUUCAAAAUUUAGAUCCAGAAAAUGCAUCAAAAAUCAUGGGUUAUAUACUUAUACAAGACCAAAGUGAUAAAGAGUUGAUAAGACUAGCUUUUGGUCCAGAAAGUCUAUUAAUUUCUGUUAUAAAUCGAGCAAAAAUUUACUUAGGCAUUUCAUCAAACACUUCAUCUGCAACUUCAAUAACUUCGCCUUCUUCGCCUUUUAGUACCGUUUCAAAUGCCAAUAACUUCAACCCAUUUCCUCAUUCUUCGCCUAGAAUCAUUGUACCCGAUUCUGGGUUUCAUUCUUCGCCUUCUUGGUCACCAGUUUUUUCAAGAAGUCCACAACCAGUGGAGCCAUUUGACCCUGUUAUGAGCCCAAAUGGAGGAAGUGAAUUAAUGGGUUUUUUUGGUGAGGAAAAUGGUGGUGGAAACCAGUUUUUACAUAGGAGUUGGUCAGUGAAUGAUGUGUUUCUUGGUGGUGAAACAGAUGACAACAAUGGUGGUUUUGGUGGGAGACCUUGCAUGUAUUAUGCUAGGGGUUUUUGCAAGAAUGGGAAUAGUUGUAAGUUUAUGCAUGGUGGAUCUGGUGAUACCCAAGAAGAGUGUUUUGAUGAACAGUCAAUGUUGCGUUUGAAAGCUUUACAGCAACAGCAAAGAUUUGCUGCCGCUAAUCAGUUUAUGGGUUCUGGUGGUCGUCAUCCAUUUGGUUAUAAUAAUCCAAGAUCGGCUCCAGCAGAAUUAAUGAUUAGUGAUGAGUUCCACAGACAUGGUCGAUCCUUACCCGACAGAAAUGAAUUUUCAGCAGUGGCGCUGGGUGGAAUUUCGAAUUCUAGUUUGAGACAAAUUUACUUGACUUUUCCUGCUGAUAGCACAUUUAAAGAGGAGGAUGUGUCUAAUUACUUUAGUAUGUACGGGCCAGUGCAAGAUGUUAGAAUUCCAUAUCAGCAAAAGCGGAUGUUUGGAUUUGUUACAUUCACCUAUCCAGAAACUGUGCAGCGUAUCUUGGCCAAAGGGAACCCUCAUUUCGUGUGUGAUUCUCGCGUGCUUGUUAAACCAUACAAAGAAAAGGGAAAAAUCCCAGACAAGAAGCAAUUUCAGAUACAGCAGCAACCUAUUGAUAGAGAAGAGCUCUCAGCAUGUUUAAGCCCCUCAGGGCUUGAGUCUAGGGAGCUGUAUGACAUUCCCUUUGGUGCAGGAGCAAGGAUGUUUUGCAAUCCGCAUGAGAUGAUAUUGAGAAGAAAAAUGGAGCAGGAUGCUGAAUUGCACCAAGCUAUUGAGCUUCAAGGCAGAAGGUUAAUGAGUUUGCAACUGAUGAAGAACCACCAUCACAACAAUCAGUUCCAUCCCGGCGUCUCUCCAGGUGUUCCAUCUGUCUCCCAGAUGCAAACUCAGUUCCAAAUCAAUCAGGGUCUUGUUUGUUCGUCUAAUGGGAUCAACCAAGAAGCCCUAGAAGAAAAAGAUGGUCUCCAGGAACCCAUUAAACCCCCAGCUAAUGCAACUGAUGAGAAUCAGGAGCAGACCUCAAAUACUGAUAACUCUGAUCCUCAAGAAAGCAUGGACCACAUUCUUCCCGAUAACCCAUUUGCUUCUCCUACGAAAUCGGCUGCAGAACAACAUGCUACAUGUUCCUCUGAUUCAGCUGCAGCUGAUCAUCGGUAACGACGAGGGAUUACUUGAAAGGUUGGUAGCAUCAUAUACAAGUAGUAAAAGUCCUCUAGCUGUAUAGCCAAACAACAGAAGAUCUGUAAGGAAGAUUAAUGCCAUCAUCAAUACCAUACAUACUACCUACAACAAAUACAUAAUGCAUAGGUAAAUGACAGAUGAACUGAUUAAUGGGAAUGGGGUCCCUCUCUGUUCAGUUUUGUACCCUCUUAGUAGUUUGUGUGCUGGACCACACAAAACAAUACCAUAACAAAGGCUUGUAGAGUAGUUGUAACCCUUAGAUAUUCUAGUACUUUUUUAACUCAGCCUUCUUCUUAAUCAUAGCUUUUUGUCAUGUAUAAUUAUGAUGUAGAAAAAUGAAUAUUUUUUUA